GGAUGCGUAGUAGCGUGUAUAAUAUUACAUUUUCCUCUUAUUUUCCAAGUCUGCUUCGUGCAGACUGCACCUGUACAAUAGUCGUAAUAUAAUUUUCCGUCUCUACUAGUAGUGGACUCUACUCUUCAGUGGCCUUCUACUUCUAUCGUUAUGGAACGAUAGUUAGAUCAGCUACAGCUUAUACCUUUAUCGAUAUCGAGGAAUCCAGCAGAAGUGUCUUAUCACAGGCACCGGUCCAAAAUAUCAAUCAGCAAGUGUUGGGAACGUUCGUCCCUUCGUUGAUUGUAGUACAGUAACAGUAUAGCAUAACAAUACGAAAAAUAAAAAGCUACCCAACCCCAAUUCAAGGAAGUACAACCGUUCUUCGUCUAAGUGGUGGCCAAGAGCGCCUCCUGGGUGGGCCAUCGUUUCCGGUCGCCGGGCAAAGCGAUGGCCCAGGGGUCCUUGGCCAUCACUUCGCGGACGGGCGGCGCAAAAGUGACGGCCGCGAGCCCCUUGACCAUCAUUUUUGGCCAUCACUUUGCCGGUCGGGUCCAGCAAAAGUAAUAGGCAGGCGCUCCUCCUGGGCCACCAUUUUCCGGCCCGCCGGGCCAAAGCGAUGGCCAAAAGCCUCCCCUGGGCCAUCACUUCCCGAUCGGGCAAAUGUGAUGGCUGGCCAAGAGUUCCAUGGCCAUCAAUUUUCGCUCGCUCAGGCAAAAUUGGUGGCCAAGAAGAGCUCCUUGGAUGGGCGCCGCUUUUGGACAUCACUCUCCGGUCGGGCAAAAGUAACGGCAGGGAGCCCCUUGGCCAUCAAUUUCCCUUCGGGCAACCAAAAGUGACGGCGCGGCCAGGAGCCCCUUGGCCGCCACUUUUCUUUCGGGCAAAAGUGAGGGCUGCGAGCUCCUUGGUUGCUUGGCCAUCACCUUCCGGCCGGGCAAGAGUGAGGGCCAGGAGCCCCCUGGCCAUCGCUUUCCGGUCGAGCAAACGUUACUUCCUGUCCCCCCCGGCAAAAAUGGCGGCCAGGAGUUCCUUGGCCAUCCAUGACCUUCCGCCCGGGCGAGCAAGGUGAUGGCCACCCAACAGCAGCUCCUCGGCCACUACUUUUGGCGGCCAUCGCUUUGCUUCCGGUCGGGCAAAAGUGAGGGGCGAAAGCUCCUUGGCCAUCACUUUCCGAUCGGGCAAAAGUGGUGGCCGAGAGCUGCUUGGCCAUCACUUUUGGCCAUCGCUUUUCGCCCGGGCAAAAGUGAUGGACAAGAGCUCCCCGGCCAUCAUUUUCCGGCCGAGCAAAAGUUGUGGCCAAGAACUUCGCAGCGAUCACGUUUGGCCACCACUUUCCGGGCGGGCAAAAGCGAUGGUCAGAAGCUCCUAGCCCAGCCGGGCGGGGCAAAAGUGACGGCGAAGGGCUCCUUGGCCAUCACCUCCGGUCGAGCAAAGUUGAAACUAACUUUUGGCCAUCACUUUCCGGCCGCCCGGGCAAAAGUGGUGGCCAAGAGCUUGGCCCCCACUUUCCGGUGGGCCCGCCGAGCAAAACAAAGUGGAGGCCAAGAGCACUUUCGGGACGGACAAAAGUGAUGGCCCGGGGCUCCUUGGCAAUAACUUUUGGCCAUCGCUUUCCGGCCGGGGCGGGCAAAAAUGGUGGCCAAGAACUCCGCGGCGAUCAUUUUUUGCCACCAGUUUCCGGGCGGCCAAAAGUGAUGGCCAAAAGCUCCGUACCUUGCCCGGCCGGGCUGGGCUGGCAAAAGUGACGGGCGGCGACGGGCUCCUUGGCCACCACCUCCGGUCGGGCAAAAGUGAAACUUUUGGCCAUCACUUUCCGGCCGGGCAAAAGUGGUGGCCAGGAGUCGGGCGAAAAUGAUGGCCAGGAGCUGCUGGGGCAUGCAUCGCUUUCCGUUCGGGCAAAAGUGGCCACUUUUCGCUCGGGCCAAAGUAAUGGCCAAGACCUCCCUGGCCUCCGAUCACUUUUGGCUGGCAAUCGCUUUCCUGUCGGGCAAAAGGGAUGGCCAAGAGCUCCCUGGCCACCCAUCGCUUUCCGGCCUGGCAAAAUUGAUGGCGAAGAACUCCUCGGGCGUCGCCUUUCGGCCGGGCACACAUGAUGGCCAAGAGCUCCCUGGCCGUCAAAGUGGCCAUCGAUCGCCUCUCGGCCGGGCAAAGGUGAUGGCUGGCCAAGAGCCUCGCGGCCAUCGCUUUUGUUUCGCUCGAGCGAAAGCGAUUGUGGCUAUCGCUUUCCGGUCGGGCAAGGGUGGUGGCCAAGAACUCCGCGGCCACCACUUUUUGCCAUCGCUUUCCGGUCGGGCAAAAGUGAUGGCCAGAAGCUCCCUGGCCAUCACUUUUCGGCCGGGCAAAGAAAAACAAUGGCGACAACUCCUUGGCCAUCGCUUUAACUUUUGCCCAUCACUUUCCGGAUGGGCAAAAGUGGUGGCCAAGGGCUCUUUCCUUGGCCAUUACUUUUGCCCAGCGCUUCCUUUCCUGUCGGGCAAAAGUGUUGGCCAGUAGUUCCGCUGCCACCGCUUUUCGCCCGGGCAUGCGAAAGUCCUCGGCCAUCACUUCCGGCCAUCGCUUUCCGGUCGGGCAAAAAUGAUGACCAUGAGCUCCCUGCUCAUCCAUUUCCGGUCGGGCAAAAAUGAUGGCCGAGAGCUCCGUGGCCAGCCAUCGACUUUCGCUCGUUGGCCAUCACUUUCGUUCCGGGCGGGCAAAAGUGGUGGCCAAGAGCUCCCUGCGCGGGCCAUCGCUUUUGGCCAUCGCCUUCCGGCACGGUCGGGCGAAAGUGAUGGCCAAGAGCUCCCUGGCCGUCAUUUUCGGCCAUCACUCAGCCACUUUCUUUCUUCCCGCGCGGGCAAAAGUGUUGGCCAAGAGCUCCGCGGCCACCGCUUUCGGGUCGGGUCGCGCAAAAGUAUUUGCCAAGUGCUCCAUGGCCAUCACUUUUGCUCAUCACUUUCCGGUCGGGCAACCGAGCAAGAGUGAUGGCCAAGAGCUUCCAGGCAGUCACCUUUUGCCACCUCUUUCGUUUCGGCCGGGCACGCUUUUGCCUCUCGGCUUCUGGUGCAUGGCAUGGGCGGGGGGGCGCGAGGCAAAACCGCGCGAACAAGCCCCCGGAAGCGUGAGUCUCAUCCCCAUCCAGGGGCGGGGGCUUUCUUUGCGCCGGCCGCCGAAGCCGCCCCAGAAUAAGCUUCGCAACCGGCCCCCUUCGCUUUGCUUGCCGCGUGCGGCUAAAGGGCUGACGGCGGGCCGGCGUCCUGGACGCCGGACCGCAAAAGGCGUUAAAGCGGCGAUGCCGCUAGGGCAAGCGCAGGCGCGGCAACGCGGCUAAAGGGCUGACGGCGGGCCGGUGUCCUGGACGCCGGACCGCAAAAGGCGUUAAAGCGGCGAGGCCGCUAGGGCAAGCGCAGGCGCGGCAACGAUCUUCCUCGGGACAGGCAGCGUUAUAUAUAUUUUUCAACCUUCUAGCCGCAUUCUACUCGACCCCACGCCAAACCUUCUAAACACAUAACCACCUUUAGAAUUAUUUUUAAAUCUACUAGCCCAGCGGGCGUCCUGGACGCCCGCGUCAAGAGGCUAGUAACAAUACGAAAAAUAAAAAGCUACCCAACCCCAAUUCAAGGAAGUACAACCGUUCUUCGUCUAUCACCCACCCAUUCCCCGUUCUCUCGUCCCCUAGCACUACUAGCAGUAAGUAUAUUAAGUAAGUAGCUGCACGACGUCGACGACGACCUCCACCAGCCACUAGUAGCUCCCCUCCACUAAGUAUUGCCCCCUCACCUAACCGGACAAGAAGUUGAUGUUACCUUUUGGAAGAUCCAAGUGAAGUAUCGUUCAAGUUUUUCUUUUUGUGUUUUCGUGUGUGGCAACACGAAUUUAUUUUCUUUGUGUAAUCAAAUCAAAAAUCAAUAUUCAAAAAUCAAAACCCUCAUUUUUGUCUUGCACCCAGGAUGUGCAGGACUUCUCUGACUUAAAUGUCUUCCGCAACUACCGACCAAGAGCUUCAAGGAGCAGGUUUGACUUCUGACGCAUUGGCACCAGAAUCGCCCCAAGCUGCCCCAGGCGGGCAAAACCAAGACGAAAAUAACAGUUCCGGGCAAGAAGAACAGGUGAAUCAAGAACAAGAUCCACAAGCGGGGAACCAAGAAGGAGGUCCUACACCUGGUGCAGAAGGAAGUGCUGAAGGCGAAGCAAGUGGCCCGACUGGUGCUGGUGGUGUCGAGGUUGUAAACGUUCAACUAGAGGAAGCCAACAGCAACAAGAUGGCGGAACCAGUAGCACCCGAAAAGGAGCAAGUAAUGGGCGAAAUGCCCGCUCCACCCGAGGUGGCGGACGACCCCCUGUCCCUGGUCGGCGCGGCGAUUGACAGCGCCGCGCUGAAAGUCGGCCGCGCCUACGGGCGCAUGGCGGUGCAGUUUCCGGUGCUUUGCAUCUCGCUGGGGUGUCUUAUCCCGCUGCUCUUCGCGAUCCCCUUCUUCAUCGCGCUCGGCGACGGCCAGCGCGGCCCCACGCAGAUCGGCAAGGGCUUCGUCUUUCGCGGCGAUUACGAUGUGUUUUCGCCCAGCGAGUCGGACACCAGCAAGAAGUACGACACGAUCAAGCAGCAAAUCACCGGGGGCCGGAUCUCGUAUAAAGAAGCCAUCGGGGACGACACGUGGAAGGGGCGCGAUUACGGCGUGAAAGACUACGAAACGCAGUGCCUGAAGAAAAAUCUCAAAACCGGGAAGUCCGACGGCGACGCGUUCGCCUUCCUGUUCCGGAUGCGCAACAAGCCCACGGGCACCAACGCCGGGCUGUGCGAGACCCCCGCGUUGCAGGAACUCUGGAACUUUGAGCAGUACGUGCAGACCCGGAGGACCAAAAAGGGCAACGCGUGGCGGCCCGACUUCUGCCCCUUCAACACGAAGAUGGACUACAAGACCACCUCGCAGUGGCACCGGGCCGCUUGCGGCACCUACAAGGGAGAACACAUCCACCCGGUGUGCAAGUACUCCGGCAGUGUCUACGUGAGCUCUGCGCUGAAGCGCGGGUGCCAGUGCGCGGAUGCCGGCACCGUUGCUGCAGCGGACGUUUGCAACACUGCAAGAAUGACCGCAGCCUACGGGGUAAGUACGUACUUGAAAUAGACAAUUUAGUUCGCACCACAUUUUUACUUGCUUGUUUUCUCGACGACCCAUCAUUAUGGAUGGUAAUAAAGGACGAGGCGACGAGCCCGAACGCUGAACGAGGAAAAGAAAUGAUAAAUGAUUAUGAUAUCCAACCAGCUUUAUUGCCUCCCCUACCUUCUUAGGUCCGCACCAUUCCCUACUGCCGUGCGGAUCCGUUGUCCGGAUGCAUGGACUUAGUCACUGAGGCGGACGGCCAGGUGACCAGUCAAGCUGCCUGUCUCCAGUCGACGACCCAGGAAGGGGUGCCUUCGGACCAGAUGGACCACCAAUAUUGGUGUGCCACCGACAGCUGGCUGUCCACGAUCGGUUUGGCCAAUCCACUUCUGGGCGAGCUGUCCUGCUCCACGAACGACCCGCGGCACUUCGGCGCCAUGCUGAAUUACACCGCCGCGCCGCUGGUGGGCGUUUGGGACGGCCCCACCCGGCUCGCGCUUUCCAAUUUUCCCGUUCGCACCUUCAUGAGCGGAUACAUGGGCUCUCUGCUGAUGAAGGUCGUACACGAGGACAUCCGCGACGCGUCCGUCCAAGCGGACUGCACAGCCCCGGAUGCAGCGGCGGGCUACACCUCGACCACCUGCCCGGUGCAGCCGAUCAAAGCCAUGUUGCAAGCCCGCGGCGGCCGCCAGCGCAUGCUGCAGGAGGUGGACGAACUCGACGAGGAGGAACGGGCGGCGUUGCGUAUCACAAGAAAAAGCGUUAACGUAUAACGGAAUUUGUGAUGCAGUAACGCAUCAGAAAAGGUGCCCAAAUUUGUAUUGCGUAACAUGCAUGGAAGGCAAAAUUUGUAAUGCAUAACUGCCAUCUAAGAAAUGAAAAGAAAACCGUUAACGUUAACACUUUUUUGUUCGAUAUUGCGAAAGUUGACGACCUACUCGUACGGCAACUUAUCAAUUGUAAAAAUGUCUGGGUCUGGAAGAAUCCAACUUGUCAUGCUGAUUUUGGAUCCUAAAAAAAUCUGUAUUGCAUGAGCAGCAGAGAGAGUCCAAGUUUUGCUACACGGAAAGAGCAUUUGUCAUGCGGUGUAGGCAUGAGGAACCCCUCACAAAAUCUGUCAUGCCAGGGCAUGCAUCACAGACAUCAGGAGUUAUGCAAAAUGUGCAUGACAAACCUGGCAAUCUUCCAGACCCAGACAUUUUUACAUUUGAUGCAACUGCACCGACGACGAAACUGCCCUCGCGGCCAUUAUCGGGAAGCCCAGCACGGUGAACAGCUGCGCGGACGUGACCGCCGCCAUGUGCCUGAUGCGGUCCUACUCGAAGUGCGACGAGGUGGGCAACGCGUGCAAGGCGCGCUGCGAGAGCCUCGCGCCCGGUUUCUGUGCGCAGCUGGAGCCGGCCUUCAUGGUCGGGCAGCAGGACCAGACCCAGUGCAGCACCUACGGCGGCGACGCCGCGCUGCAGACCAAGUGCGCCUACGGGGCGGGGGCCAACACCACCGCGGAGGAGGAGUGCCGCCAGAGCUGCCUGGCCAUCGGGUGCCAGCACACCAAGCUGCAAACCUACCUGGACUUACUGAACAACCGCUACGACCUGGCCGCCGGGGCCGUGUACCUUGCCACCGGCAACCCGGUGAGCGCCAUCAACGCCGCCGGGGCCGGAAAACUCACCCCCGGGUGCCAUUCCUGCGUGGACACCUCGGAGCGGAUCGCUUUCAACUCGGCCGUGCAAACCGUGGGCUGCGACGGCGUCCCGGAGAAGGCGUGCAAGUGCGCCGCGGACGUGGGGGGCUGCACUAUCAAGCCGGAAUUUUUGAACAAGAUGACCGCGGAAAUGUGCCCGCAGACCUGCACCGACCACGCGGACUCGUGCGCCAACCCGGCGGUGCACACGUGGCGCGACGCGACCAAGGACGCCACCAACGCCGCCACGGUGCUGGGCGGCCGGGCCGCCGUGGCCACCUUCCCGACCAAGUGUCAGGGCUGCCUCGCCUACCUGGCUUCCGACCGCAAGUUCGCGCCGUACCGCAUCUCCAAUUGCGAAACCUUCCUCACCCUGGUCCGCCUAUCCCACAGAAAAAAGCGGGCAGAGCAUAUUUGUAAUGCAAAAAUAAAUACACAAAAAAAUCUGCCAUGAUGGGCGGCCUCAUAGCAUGCUAUUAACGAUAUGCAAUACAAAUCUUUUUGUCAGUUUAUUUUUGCAUCACAAAUAUGACCUGCCAGCUUUUUUCUGUGUGAUACCACCUGCGCUCGGAGUGCGAACUGAACCGGAACGAGUUAUGAAUGUGCACAAGAACUCCCCCUCGUCCCCUUCAUUUGUCAUGCAAAGUGCCCAAUUCAUCAGGCUGUGCCUCUUAGCACUGUUUGCAUGACAAGCUCUAGCAGCCCAAAUUAAUAGCACUACAAUCCGGUGCAAUUUUCAUUUUGUCAUGCAAAACCUGCAUUCUCGCUGGCGCUUGUAUUGCCGUUCAUGCCAUACAAAUGAGGGGAAGCGGAGGGGGAGUUGUGCACUGUCAUACGAGUGGCGGCGGGUGUCGAACCGCAACGCACUGUCCCUGGAGGACCGGGAGGAGUGGGUGGAUGAAAUCAUUGAGGAGUACAAGGACAACUACGGCAUCGAGAAGGACGACGACCCGCCGAGCAAGUCCCAGUGGAAGGCUUUGUACGACAGGGGCAUCGAUGUUUUCAUUUUCCACAGCAAGUGGCUGGCGAUGGAGAUCGUCCGCGUGAUCACAAACGAGAUCGGCAACCUGGUGGGGACGUUCUUCCUGAUGAUCUUUUUUCUCAUCUGCGCGAUCGGCAUCCGCUACUCGGCGGAAGGCGGCCCGAACGGCCUGAAGCCCGCCCGCACCGCGGUCGCCGCGCUGGUCGUGAUCCAGCCCAUCCUGGCGGUGCUGUUCUCCUGGGGCAUCGGCGCGAUCGAAAUGUGGGACGCGAUAUCGAAUGCAAAAAUGUCUGGGUCUGGAAGGUUGCAACUUGUGAUGCUGUCUUUAGAAGGUAAAAAAAAUCUGUAUUGCAUGACCAGCAAGAGGAGUUCUUCAGUUUGUGCGACGCGGAGUGGGCGUUUCUCAUGCGGAAUACGCAUCAGAAGGCCCUUUAGAAAUCUGUGAUGCUAGGCCAUGCAUUACAGGCGUCAUGGGUUAUGUAAAAUAUGCAUGGAAGACUUCCAGACCCAGACACUUUUGCACUUGAUACGCGAUGGGAGGGGAUGUGGACAAGGACGGGGAGGACGACGGCGUACUUGCCCUGACCGUGAUGUCACCGCUCGCCAUUCACCUGCUGCUCGCCAUCGUGGUGGACUACGACAUUAUUCUGGUCCGCGCCUACGACCGACUCACACCCAAGCUGAAGUUCGAAGAGCGCAUGGAGCAGGCCGUCGGGUACGCGCAUCGGUCGAUCCUGCUCUCCUGCCUCGCGAUCUUCGUCGGCUACUGUUUCGGGUCCAUCGUCGAGGUGUUGGCGUUGCGCCACUUCUGCUGGCACACGGCGCUGGGCAUGAUCGGCCUUUACAUCACCUUGUUCACCGUUUUCCUCGGGGGGUUCGUCCUCGCAGAGAAGUACGGCGGAGAGCAUUUGCGGUCCGAAGAGACGGGGACGAUAUCGUGUGUGCAAAAGUAUCGUACGUAGUAAAAAUCGCACGACAAAUUACCUCAGCAUGAGAAGCGGAAUUUGUAAUGCGGAUCUACCUCGAGAAAGUAAGGGACUUGCAAUGCGUGAUUGCGAUGUCGUGUACGAGUGCGAUAGUACUUUUGCAGUGCAUAGACGACCACAGCUAGCAACUGGACGGACAAGCAGGUGCAGCAGAACAUGGGAAAAUUGCUAACCACAACCUCCGGAGACGCCAUGUUCAGUAAGAUUGUGAGCAACAAAAUCUGCAUCGCGUUUGUGAUCUGCGUCGAGAUCGCGCUGCUGUGCGUGGGCGCCGUGAUGUUUGAGGACGUCAAGGUCGAGUUUAACGGCAAGGACUAUCUGGACAAGGAAUCCAAGGCCCGGAAGUUCUUGGACCAUCUGGAGGACAUGGGCGGCUACUCGGAUUUCAUCACCGUCUACAUGCCGCCCUCGCACCUGGGCAAAUACCACCAGCAGGCGAAUCGGGACUACUUUCUGGGCGUGAUGAACCAGAUCAAGAACGACCCGAUCAGCAAUCCGGUGGGGGUCCCGGGCGUGUUCUCCUGGCUGGAGGAGUUUGAGGUGCACCACAAGGGGCUGUACGGAAACUUCCUCGCGUCGGAGCCGCUGUCCGCGGCGACGCACUUGGGUUGCAAGGUCUGCCCCAUGAACCUGAUCAUGAACACGGGGAACAAGCGCCUCCCCUUCAUCGCCAACCCGGCCCAGAACAUCGCGCUGCUGAACGGCGCCGCGGGUCCGACGAACACGCUCUUCAUAUCCAGUGCAAAUAUGUCUGGGUCGGGAAACUUGUGAUGCAAGGAAGGGAAUUAUAGUGAGCACACUGCGACGUGCUGCCAAGCAUGACAAGUUUUUCAUCCGUGCUUCUGAGUUGCGUAUCCCGCUUGAGAACCUGCGUUUUUGCAUGACGGCUACGGAGGCUGUUUGUGGCCACGCAAUACAGAGUUAAGGGUCAUGCCAACAUAUCAGCAUGACAAAUCUCAUGAUCUCCCAGACCCAGAUCGAUAUUUGCAUUUGAUACUUCACCGGCACCAGCAAACGGGGGCGGAACAGCUUCCGCUUCACCGGUAUCAACGACGCGUACCUGAACGGGCUCCUCAUACGAGAGUGCACAACAACUUUCCCUCCGCCUCAUUUGUCAUGCAGAUCUCCGAACCCAGCUGCACUGCAACUGCUCCCUUGUGGCACUGCUUGCAUGACAAAUUGUUCCGGGGAGCAAAUGCAAAGCUCAAGCAGUUGUACAACUUCUACAAACGGUGCCUGAACUUGUCAUGCACAGGCUUCAUAUCUGCUGAGGUCUGUAUUGCUGUUCAUGCAAAUGGAAAUAAGUAGAAUACAAAUGAGGAGGAGAGCACGGAGUUGCGCACACUCAUACCUCACCGCCCAGGGCGUGAACACCACCGACACCGCGGCCAAACUGCAGGCGGUUGGGCUCGGGUUCCCGGAGCUGGCGAUGGUCGGGGGCGGGGGCUACGAACUAGCGGAGGUGUACAAUGGGGGCUUCUCCGCGACCGCCCCGGCCAACGCCCUGGACCAGUACCAACUGCUGUACUCGAUGGACCCCGUCAGCCCGCAGUCUAUCAAAUGCAAAAAUGUCUGGGUCUGGGAGAUUGCGAGAUUUGUCAUGCUAGCCUGGCAUGACUCUGAGCUCUGUAUUGCGUGGCCGCGAAGAGCUCCUUCUCCCUGUCAUGCAAAAACGCAGCUUCUCAUGCGGAAUACGCAACUCAGAACCAUGAAAAAAAAUUGUCAUGCUUUGCAGCGCAUUACAGUGAGCUCACUACUCCCUUCCUUGCAUCACAAGUUUCCAGACCCGGACACUUUUGCAAUGCAUACAGUCCGACAUCAGUCAGUUCGCGGACAUGAACGCGCUUCUCGCGCACAUCGCCAACAACGUCACCGUCUCCCCGGUGCCUAACUGGCUGAUCUUUACCAUGCGGGCCUUGAAGGAUGAAAAGUACAACCUGCACAACACCUUCUCAACCGAGAAGCAGAGCUGCCCGGCCUUCACCCAAUCCCACUACGAGAAGCGCACCGCGUACUGGGAAGACAAUCCGCAGAUGUUCUACGAGUACAUGCAUGCCUGGUACGAGGACGUGAAUCAGGACGCGUGCUGCACCUCCCACAUGCCUAUCCUCUGCAAAAGUAUCGUACUCGUACUAAUUGCAGUCAUGCAAGACAAGUGUCUUUUUCAAGCUAAACCAGCAUGAGAAAUUCCAUUUGUCAUGCUAAGCUAAUUUGUGUUGCAAUACUUCUAUCUGAACUUACGACGAGUACGAUACUGUUACAGUUCAUAAUGUCCCCUACCCACGUGCAGCAGAAACCCGACAUUACCAAGCCGCACGUCAGCUACUGGGGCCGCGAGCAGGGGCGCAACAUUGUGUGGGCCAUGCAGGCGCCAGCGAACGGGAACGGGCGCAUGAUCGAGGGCAUGACCUCGUCCACCGUGCGCAUUGCGUGCCGCGCGCCCCUGGAUCCGAAGAAGCGGACCGACGCCAUGAAGCGGAUCAAGGCGAUCAUCGACAACGCGCGGUCCGCCAGACCCGACUUGUGGGGCAGCGAGUCCGAUUCGUUCGUGGUUUCGUCGUUUUUCGAAAACAGCGAGAGGGAUGACGAGAUGCUGGACAAGCUCACCGAGUACUUGUUCGUGGUCACCCUGGCCGUGACGAUUAUGAUGAUGCUUUUCCUGCACCCCUACUACGGUCUGAUGAUUGGGGUCCUCAUGCUCGUGGUCAACGUGCAGAUCGUGGGGCUGCUGUCUGCCUUCGACGUGAAGCUGGAUGUGAUCGUGUUUGCGGUCAUCAUCAUGGCCCUGGGUUUCGAGAUCGAGUACAGCAUCCACAUUGUGCACGCCUUUGCAUACUCGCGAACCACCUCGGGUGGGGGUCUCGCGCGCACGGAGACCGCGGUGCAGGACAUGGGGUUGACGGUCUUCACCGCCUUCCUCUCGACCGCGGUCCAGCAGCUGGUGCUGUUGAUUUUCUCGACCUCGCUCGCCUUCGAAAUCUACCCGGCGAUGGUGAUUCUGGUGGUGGUCAAAUCCGGGCUCGCCGGCUUCGUGUUCGCGCCGGCGUUCUUGGGCUUAUGAAAGUGCUGCACAACUCGUCGGCCCCCUCCCCCUCAUUUGUCUUCAUCAUGCAAAAUACCAAAGCAAAUUUCCACUUUGUUUUUUUGCAACCCCUUGGAAAUGUCAGCAUCACAGAUUCUGGCAGGAGCGAGGAGGAGCCCAAAGACCACUACAAUCCUGUGAAAGUUUUUCAUGAAAGAAAAGCUGCAUUCUUUCUGUCUCUUGCUGACCCUUCUGAUGUUGUUGUUCAUGCAGUAGUACAAAUGUAAAUGAGUUGAGAGGCGGUUGGGACCACGCGGUUGUGCACUCUGAUAGGGCUUGCUCGAUGCCGUGAAGGGGAUGAUUAUGCCGGACAAAGCGGAAAUGAAGGAGCUUGCCGGCGAGGUCGCUGCAGAAGGCGAAGGCGUCGAGAUGGCAGCACCGUGAGAAGCUGGUCGUGCACGACCAAGUGCCGAUAAGAACGGGGGGGGGAUGUGAAGCUUUUCAACCCGGACGAUUGGGAUUGUAUCCCGAGAAAAACGAAAACAAGCUGCUUCACGCACACGUUCUUCUCUGUAAGUCGUGAGUAAGAAACUCAAACUACUAAGAGACUCUUAGAGUGGGGUACGAAAUUCACAGCAAAGGUUACCCGCUCCCUUUUCAGGAAGCAGAAGCACGCUGCAUAGCACAUUUUCUCUUUCAUGCCGCGAGGAUAGAAAGCAAACUUGUCAUGAUGCGCGGUCUACUGCAGAACCAAUCGCCAUAGUGAAUGAAGCAGGAGCUUUUUCCUUUUCGUCCGAUACAGGAACACGAACAACAACAAUUGUCUGCGGUCGGAGGCAGAGGACAAUGCUGUAGCUUGUUUUCGUCUGGUUUGUUUUGUGUGAGUGUUUCAAAGAAAAAAUAGAAGUGUAGGUCUUUUUUAUGCCUCUUCAUCUAUGCAUACCACUAACUAUUGUCAUUGCCCUAUUCAAGUCAUCGAUGAUCAUGAUCUACCUCUACGUAAACGGAUAUAUCGAAAGUGAGAAUCUACUUUAGAAAGGUACUGAGUUCUUUAUUGAGCUUGUUCCACAUCCAGCUUGUUGAUGUGGGUUUUGUAACUGUCUCUGAGUAUCUCUAUCUUCUAAUUAUGUACCAUUACUACAACGAAACUAAAACUAUUGAGUUUGAAUCUGUUUAUUUUUCGUGCGGAAUCUAGUACACUAUUGACAUUGAGUUCGAAUCUGUUUUCCUAGUGGGACGAGUUCGUUACUUCGUUCUUUCCUAGAAUCGGAACUGCAGUCAGACCAAGUUUUGAUGAUGAAAUUAUAGUCUCCAACUUUAGAAGUAUUGAUAUUGAUUUGAAAUUGCGUCUUCAUAAAAAAUAACAACAGGAGAACAUCAUGAACAACAACAAUUUUAAUACUUUCAGUUUUGUUUUUGCAUGAUUAAGUAAACGAAUCCACCACGUAGUUGUAUAUCAAUGCGGAUAUUAGUACCAGCGAAGGCCGCAAGGGUGAAAAAUCUGCUACCUCGUGUAACCAAAAAAAAGUUCUUGUAAGGGACAGACACACCAUAUUGAUGUAGAAAUCCGUACAAUAUUCUUGGAAGUAGAAACAAUUCCUCUACGAAAAAGUGUCACCCGAAAGGUUUAAGGCAGUACAGCUCAGCAAGCGCCAGCUCUUCUUGCCCUUUGUGCAACGAUUUGAUUGCUUGGCUAUUAAGAAUUAUGCUGCAAAAGCGCCUUCUGAUCAAAAAAGCCGAAGUUGUUGAUGGCGCGGAACUUUUUUCCUGGAGUGCUGAAGCCAGCCAACAGCAAAUCGAUCGGAAAGCAAAAUAAGCCCUACUAGGUAAAAAAAAGUAGUAGGUAGAGCAAAGCAC